AUGGCCUUCCGUUCUUCACUAUCUCUCUUCUUGAUUUUCAGUUCAAUCCUUGCUGCUCAGGCGAGGCUAACCCUCUACCCCCCAGGCCAUGAUGCACUUGUUCUACUACAAAAAGGCCUGGGCGUUUAUACCCAAAACCAAAAUCCAUGUUACGGCUAUGGAGUCUUCUGCGAAAAGCGGGUAGCUGACAAUUCCAGCGUGCUGAGAGUUGUGCGAAUAGUGUAUGAGAACAAGCAGACACGGGGGAAUCUUUCUCCGGCCAUAGGGAGGUUGUCGGAGAUCAGAGAGCUCUCUCUUCCCAACAACGAACUCGUCGGAAACAUCCCACCUCAGAUCCUUCUUUGCAAGAAGCUGGAAGUCCUGAACCUUCAAAGAAACCAGUUUUCCGGCCAAGUUCCGGCUGAACUCUCGUCUUUGAUCCGCCUCCGGGUCCUUGACCUUUCCUCAAAUCAGCUUUCUGGGAACUUGAACUUCCUCAAAUACUUCCCCAACUUGGAAAAACUAUCCCUAGCUGAUAACCUCUUCACUGGGAAAAUCCCCCCCUCCUUGAAAUCCUUCAGAAACCUCCGUUUCUUCAAUGUUUCUGGCAACAGUUUACUCGAAGGUCCAGUCCCAAAAAUGACCCAACUGGAGUAUUUAUCCGCGGAUUCCAGUAAUUCCACAGAAUAUAGUACGCUCCCAAAACGUUAUGUUUUGGCCGAGAGAAGAAAACCCACCACUACUGCAAUGGCACCUUCUGCAAGUAAAGGAAGUAACCCAUCAUCAUCAUCAUCAUCAGCACCCGCGCCCUCACCAGAAUCACCCAAAGAUUCCCACCACAAGAAGAAGAAACGAAAGGUUGCUGGAUGGAUGCUCGGCUUCCUAGCCGGAGCAAUUGCAGGGACUUUAAGCGGCUUCAUAAGCUCAGUUCUGUUCAAGCUGUUCAUGAUUUACCUGGGACGUGAGAAGAAAGACACAGGGAUAACACUGUUCAGUUCCAUGAUCAAGAAAGCAGAGGACUUAUCUUUCCUGGAGAAAGAAGACGGGCUGGCCACGCUUGAGUUGAUAGGAAGAGGUGGGUGUGGGCAAGUAUACAAGGGAGAGAUUCCUGGAUUGAAGAUAGCUAUCAAGAAGAUAGAUCAACCCCACAAGGAAGCCGCGGAGCUGACUCAAGAAGACACCAAAGAGCUCCACAAAAAGAUGCGUCAGAUCAAAUCGGAGAUCAAAAUCGUGGGCCAAAUCCGGCACCGGAAUCUACUCCCUCUCCUGGCACACGUGCCCAAUAAGGACUGCCAUUACCUGGUGUACGAAUACAUGAAAAACGGGAGCCUUCAAGAUGUUCUGGAGAAAGUGUCGCAGGGAAAUGCGGAGCUGGAUUGGAUAUCCCGGCACAGGAUUGCACUGGGGAUAGCGGCGGGACUGGAAUAUCUCCAUUCCCACUCCGAGCGGAUAACCCACAGGGACUUAAAGCCAGCCAAUAUCCUCCUGGACGACGACAUGGAAGCCAGGAUUACUGAUUUCGGGCUGGCAAAGGCGGUGCCGGAGGCGUAUACACAUGUGACCACCUCAGUGGUGGCGGGGACGCCGGGGUUCAUCGCGCCGGAGUAUCAAAAGACGUUUAAGUUCACGGAGAAGUGCGAUAUAUACAGCUUCGGGGUGUUGCUGGCUGUUCUGUUGAUCGGAAAGCUUCCAUCCCAUGAAUUCUUCCAGUCGACACCGGAGCUUUUUCUGGUGAAAUGGUUGAGGAGUAAGAUGGUUUCGGAGGAUCCGAAGAGGGCAAUAGAUCCUAAACUGAUGGGAAAUGGGUACGAGGAUCAGAUGCUUUUAGUUCUGAGGAUUGCUUGCUUUUGCACUCUAGAGAAUCCCAAAGAAAGGCCCAGCAGCAAGGAUGUCCGGUGCAUGUUAUCCCAGAUUCAGUACUUAUAACCGAACACACCCACUUUUAUGUUCUUAGCAUGCAUGCAUCUUUACUUUUGAUUUUGAGUUCAACU